AUCGCCCGUCAGAUGGAGGAUUGUAACCAACGGCUUCUAUCGCUCUAUCAUCUUGGACCGUAGUGCAGCAGGAUAUUUCGGUCAAUUACCGAGGAACCUGCACUGGCUAUCGUAUCUUUGCCUCCUGAUUCAUGAGUCUUAUGUUUCUGCUCUGAAGGAAUACGACGCUAGGAAUCCGGAUGUGGUUGGUCAGCUACAUCCACGAUGGAGGGAAAACCAGAGAAGAUGUGCUUGGAUGCUGAAUACUGCAAGGGGUACUCGGAAGAUGUGGACCUCAUUCGAAAACAUGAAUAUCCCAUGCUUGAUGGAACAACAUAUUUGGACCAUGCCGGAACUACGCUCUACGCCAAGUCGCUGAUUGAUUCAUUCUCGCAUGAUCUUACUUCCAGCUUGUUUGGAAAUCCGCAUUCCAAGUCGGCGUCUUCGCAGCUCUCUACUCGUCGCAUCGACGACAUACGUUUGCGGGCCCUGCGUUUCUUCAAUACCGAUCCCGAAGUGUUUGACCUCGUUUUCGUUGCAAAUGCUACCGCAGCCAUCAAGCUGGUUGCAGAUGCGUUACGGGACUUGGACUCAGAUGGCUUUUGGUAUGGAUAUCAUAUCGCCGCUCACACUAGUUUGGUCGGAGUUCGUGAACUUGCGAAUGCUGGUAGCCGGUGCUUCUCGACAGAUGCAGAGGUGGAGACCUGGAUCUCGGAAUUGAGCUCGAAGGACAACUUACUGCAGCGAAAUGUCCCGAAGCUCUUUGCAUUUCCAGCUCAGUCGAAUAUGAACGGUCGACGCUUACCGGUACGGUGGUGUCAGCAGGUACGACAAAGCGCUGAAAAUUCAGGGGAACGUGUCUUCACUCUCCUAGAUGCUGCAAGCCUAGUUUCAACCUCACCCCUCGACCUGGGUGAUGUGUCAGCCGCACCCGAUUUCACAGCUAUCAGCUUUUACAAAAUAUUUGGUUUUCCAGACCUUGGUGCUUUGAUUGUCCGGAAAAGUGCUGCCUAUGCCUUCGAUAGACGAAGGUUCUUUGGUGGCGGUACUGUAGGUAUGGUCACGACGCUGGGAACACAGUGGCAUGCGAGAAAAGAAACCUCGAUCCAUGGUCGACUCGAGGAUGGAACUCUCCCUUUCCAUAAUAUCAUCGCACUGGAUGCUGCAUUUAGAACGCAUGAACGCCUAUAUGGCUCAAUGACCAAUAUAUCCUCGCAUACUCGUUUUCUUGCAAAACGACUUUAUGACCAUCUGUGGUCUCUGACACACGCCAAUGGCGUUAAAGUCUGUGAGAUUUACAAAUCUCCGUCCUCGGACUAUGAAGACCCAUCAACGCAGGGCCCAAUAAUCGCAUUCAAUCUGCGGACUAGUCGCGGUGAGUGGGUUGGCAAAUCAGAGGUUGAAAAGUUGGCAGCCGUGAGGAAUAUCGAAAUUAGGUCGGGAACCCUUUGCAAUCCUGGUGGAACGGCAAGCAGUCUCGGCUGGUCUGGGACUGAGCAACGCCGUCAUUAUUCUUCUGGCUUGCGUUGCGGAGAUGAUCACGAUGUCAUGGACGGACGGCCUACUGGUAUCCUGAGAGCCAGCCUAGGAGCAAUGACGAAUAUGCGGGAUAUUGACAUGUUUGUCGACUUUAUCAGGGAAUUCUAUGUUGAAAAAAUUACAGACAGGAGUGUAUCCACACAACCUGUGAUAUCUUCAAAUUUUCAAUCCAGAUUCUAUGUUGAGGCACUAUGUGUGUAUCCCAUAAAGAGCUGUGCGGCUUUCAAAGUCCCUGAUGGCAAACGAUGGGAAGUUAAGACUGAGGGCCUGGCAUGGGAUCGUGAGUGGUGCCUCAUUCAUCAAGGCACAGGUGCAGCUCUCAGCCAAAAACGAUAUCCUUUAAUGGCUCUGAUACAUCCAUUUAUUGAUCUCGACCGCGGCAUAUUAAAAAUUACCUGUGGAGGCAGCCCUGCAUCCGAGCGGAGAAGCCUUGAAAUCUCCCUCUCCAGGGAUUACCAUGAAGCCAUGCCGGCUUCUCUGUGCCAGAAUUCCGCGAAUAAGUCCUCUACAGUCUGCGGAGACCGGGUCAUUGUACAUGCCUACUCUUCUCCUGCGAUAUCUUCCUUUUUCUCUGAUUUCCUUGGUGUUCCAUGUACCCUUGCGCGGUUCCCUCCCCAAUCCUCAACCCGGUACUGCGGACCCCGUCGUCUUCCUAUCAAGUCGAAACAGCCGGACUCAUUUCCCCAGGGCCCUUCCCCCGAAAUAUCGGGGCGAACUCCUAUCCUCCUAUCCAACGAAAGCCCGAUUCUUGUCAUUUCCCGCUCAUCAGUGAACCACCUAAACGAAACAAUUAAGGCAACCUCGAAUCACCACAACCACGGGAUUAGCAAGGCAGUUGCGGCUGAUGUUUUCCGGGCCAACAUCAUAGUUGCGGAGAACCUUGCUCAGCGUGGAGAUUUGGAACAGCCAUACAUCGAGGAUAACUGGGUAUCACUUACGAUCGGCCCUCGGCAGCUAUGUUUCGAUAUACUUGGUUCUUGCCAGCGGUGUCAGAUGGUCUGCAUCGAUCAAUACUCAGGCGUGCGUUGUGAUGAGCCAUUCUCGACUUUGGCUAAAACCAGGAAGUUCGAUGGAAAGGUACUAUUUGGGAGGCACGCUGCUCUUUCUGGGCCAAGUGGCCCUUGCGAGAUAUUAUCUCCAGAGGGACAGACGCUCAUGGUUGGAGAUCUGGUUACGGCGUCAUACGAUCAUGCAAGGUAAUGUGAAUUCUAUAGUAUGGUUUUGUAUUCUUUUCGGCAGGCAUAUAAUCGGCGUUUCCAUGCUCGCUUUGCACAUACGUCGGGAUAUUGGUUAGAGGUGUAUGGAUCGGAUCUCUUUGGACAUGAACAUAUACACAUAUACGGUGGUCAGGAGUCAGG